AUGUACCCUGAACGUCAGAUUCGGACCAUACCUAAGCCCUGCAAAAAGGAGCCCCUGACUGGUAGUACGUUCCCUCGUAGAUCGAGGCAUCGAGAGCCUCCGACUGUUCAAGAGGCGUUGAAAGAACUUUUGAAGACAGCAAACGACCUCAUCGAAAAUAAAGACCCCAAUCGGGUCAAAUUUCUCAGAAGGGACAUCUUGGACUUCGUGAACAACACUCACCUGGCGAAGAAAUCUGAGGGUAUUGCUAGCUCAGCGGCAGCACAGGGCCAGACUCUCAGAGAUGAAAUCAGCGGCGGAGCUUAUGGCACCGCAGGCGAUGUGGAAGCCGAGGGAGAAACGCAGUGUGGGGGCGUGAGCAUGAGAGACGAGGAGCAAGCUAGAAAGGAGGCAAGCCAGAUUGAUGCCAGUAACUGCGGUGAUCGCUUUGAUUGGGGAUCUGGUGGGCCUCCGGGCCCUACUUGUUGA